AUGAAUCUUCGCCAGCAAUUAGUUCAGCUUCUUAGCAUUGCAUAUGUAUUUUCUUCGGCAUUUAUUGGUUGGAAGACCCUUUCGGUAAUAACAAAUUCACAUUCUCCAAUUGUUGUGGUGUUAUCUGGGUCUAUGGAACCAGCAUUCCAAAGAGGUGAUAUUUUGUUCUUAUGGAAUAGGGACAGUCUGGCUAAAGUGGGAGAUGUGGCUGUUUAUGAAAUUCAGGGUAAAUCUAUUCCAAUUGUUCAUCGUGUUUUAAGAGAACAUCAUAAUAAUGAUAAACAAUUACUUUUAACAAAAGGUGAUAAUAAUGCCGUUGAUGAUUUAGGGCUAUAUGCCAAGAAACAACCCUAUUUGAAUCAAAAAACAGAUUUAGUUGGUACUGUUAAAGGUUAUUUACCAAAAUUGGGUUAUGUUACUAUUUUAAUUACUGAAAAUGUCUACUUCAAAUAUGGUUUAUUAGGAAUCAUGGGUAUUUCUUCCUUAUUAUCGAAUGAAUAG